AUGGCGGAUUCUCUGUCGCGAGAAAGCGGUCGGACAAACUUCUUGGCUGCUGCUGACCUUCCUUGCGCUCCCUGCCGGCGCUGCAGCGGCGACGACCCAGGAGAGCUUGGCGGAUUUUGCUUCUGCAGUUGCCACGAGGGACGUGACCGGGAGUUUGCCAGUUCUUUGGAACCGCCGGUAGAGUCGACCGGUGGUCUGCGCCGCAUUUCGUCAGAUUUUGCAGCAGCAGCCGCAGAUGCUGCGGUGUGUAAUGCCGUCGUCGCUCAGGCAGCUGCAGCGUCCCAGUUUGGCGCCGCUGAAGAACAGAUCGAGAGAACGUUUGUGCUCGCCUCCAGUUUAGAUGCGCGCCGCGUUCUGCCCAAGUCGAAAGUAAAAUUCCCUGAUGAUAGGAAGUCCCUUUUGAAAACUAUCCCCAACUGUGUUCCCUAUGUCUUCAUUUCCUUAGCAUUGUAUGCAUUAUUUCUCAUCGUGUGUGGUGUACGCCCCUUGUACAAGAUCGUGAUGCAUCACAUUACUACUGGAGGCUAUCUCAGGGCCGUAAGUGCGGUGAAGCAGACGCCUGGCAGUUCAGUUAUGCCAAGCUCAAUGGCGAUGGUUACGUUAGUGCCACACGAAGAGUACGCGUAUGAGUUUUGUGCACCGGAUGUCCCGUCAUCUGAGCAGAUGAAUUCAUUACUUCGUGCGCUAUAUUGCGGUGAAGCAUUUCUGCCAGCUCUCUGGCAGUUCUGGGCUCAGCUGUUGUUUUGUAUCCUUGCGCAUAUCUGGGUAGUACGUCAUCAUUUGUUUCAUUUACUGCGACAGCAAUUUCGCCCGUAUUCCGUCGCUGGGGAAUUCAGCUUGGAUGAACAUUCUGCCGAAAAAACGACCCAGUAUGUGUCUGCACUCCAGCCUCAGUCUCCCCUUUGUGGGCGCUACGGGUUUGUAAAUUCAAAGGGACACAUCCGCCAUAUACUGGCACUCAUCAACCCCACCAGUGGAGGAAGAAUGGCGAUGACCUACUACCAGCAGCUCAUUCUACCGGUCCGCUCGAUUCGUAUAAUGAAAUGGCCAAGAUGUGUUAGCGAUGAGCAUGAUUUCUCCCCAAGUUCCUUUUGCUUAGUCGAAUUGCUCCUUCUCUUCGGUGCUGACACAAAGGUUCUGCCAAUUGUAUUGGACGAAAAGAAUGGAGAGUUCGUUUGUGCCUUUAUUCACCGAUGGUCUCACGUCUUCGACCUUUGCCUGAUUCUUGGUGGGGACGGUUCUUACCACUCUAUCGUCAACUUGCUGAUUCGGGCUGGCCUCGAAAAACGACAGGCCGACUGGGAUGACUGUGAGGGGUCAGACAACUCGCAGGAAGCUCCUGUAGGUGAAGGAGUGUCUCCAGACUAUGACAAUUUGUUUAAUUCAAAUAAAAGACGAAGCAGAAUCAAGACCCCGAAAUGCGAGGCAUGCAGGAAGAAGAAGUGUAUCUUUCCCUUAAAUCUGCCAAUCACCCCAGUUCCUCUUGGAACGAGCAACACAUGGUGCAGUGAAUUCGUAUUCAGUUAUGCCGGCCCUAUUGCUGCAAAGUGUUACGCAGCAAAUGCUCGACAGGCUGCGGCUGCAAUUAUGGAAGAACUGGACAGAGAGAAAGCAAAGGCGUCAAGGAGAGUCUCGCGUCACUUUGCCCACCCCGAACAGACAUCAACUGAUGAAGGGCUUGAACUGGUCCCGAAUGAGGCAGAGCACGGGCUUCGAAACGAAGAGCAAACUUCGAAUUCUCAAGACGGCAAAAGGAGAAUUGUGCGUCUAGACGCAUCGAAGAAUUGUUCUUCCGGUUGUGCUCAGAGCGCAUCUCGGAUGGAGACUUGCGACGGGUACGAAUCAGAUACAAGUUCUCUUUCCAGCACGCCGUCCUCCAGGCCAACCGAAUUCGUGGAUCCAGCCCCCCCUGCAGCGUCUCAUUCUUUGUACCAAGCCAUUCCAGGCAUCUGUGACUCAUCUAAAUAUCCUUCGGUGGCCGCUCAAGCAGCCGCUCAAGCAGCAGUAGAUGUCGCGGCUCUUGCCAGAAACGAGGCGUCUAUUGCGGCAGCCUCUGUGGAGAAAGGGGCGUUUUCCGCGAACUGCGAUGUGAAAGCUGAAGAGGCAGCAGUUGCAGCGGAGGCUGCCUGCGACGCUGCGGCCAGAGUGGCAAAGGCUGCCGGUUCAAGAGGAGCCGGGGCAUGGGAAAACCUAGCUUCACCUUCGUGCUCUGAUGGCGCCUGUGAAACUAAGGAGAUGGACGACUGCUCAGGGGGAACCGAGCGAACACUCGAUGCCAAAGCUUCGGUCCCCGAGAUGCCUGCUGCUCGCAUUGUCGCCAAGCUUGCUGCCCAAAACAGGAAUGAGUCUGCAGAUCUUGCGGAGUGUUCAAGGCUGUUGUCUCCUGCUCCUACACCAGAAUUGAAAGGUGUCAGACUGGCAAAGCACCAUUUAAGAGUCACAGCCGCAUUUAGGAUAAAUAUUUGUUCCCUGACUCGGAAGAGUACAGGAGCUGAGGGGUCGAGGCAAGGAAAGGCAGGUGCGCUUUGUUUCGGUUUCGGGUCUUUAGCCUCUUCACCGGGGCAAUAUAUUAUCCAGUCGCCUACGCUUUUCUGGAUGUUGGAUUAG